ACGGAAACCUUCUUCCUCCUCCCCUCCCCUCACCCGCUCCCCAUCAACCGCCCUUCCCUUCCCUUCCCCUCCAAGCAAGCGCGUCGCGCCAAAACCCUAGCGCCGCGCGCGAUGUCCGGCACCGGCGCCCCCGCAGGCCGGGGCUCCAUGGGCGGCUCCCGCAGCUUCGACUUCGGCACCGACGACGUGCUCUGCUCCUACGACGACUUCGCCGCCCCCUCCGACCCCAAGCGGCCCGAUCCAGUCGACAAGGACUUUCAUGACAGCAGAUAUGGGAGACCAUCAGUAAAAGUUUAUGAACAAGAAAGCUACGCCAAAGAGGAUGUACUAUCUGCUGUUGAGAGAUGCAUGAAGAAAUAUGCUGACAAUUUGCUAAGAUCUCUUGAGGGAAUUACUAGUCGGCUUUCACAACUGGAGAUUUAUUGCUAUAAGCUUGAGAGGUCCAUAGGCGAACUUCGAAGUGACAUGCUUCGGGGUGAGACUGAUCUAAGAUUGAAGUCUCUUGAAAAACAUCUACAUGAAGUGCACAGGUCUAUUCAAAUUCUUCGUGACAAGCAAGAGUUAGCAGAAACUCAGAAGGAACUAGCCAAAUUUCAACUUAAGCAAGAUGAAUCUAAAAAGAAAGAGGACGUGCCAAUGCCUUCUGAGCCAAAGAAGCUUGAAGAAAAGCGGGAACAGCAGCUGGCACUUGCUUUACCUCAUCAGGUGAACUCUCCGUCACAUGCACCAAGAGCUUCUGAACCAGUUCAACAGUACCAUGAUCAACCUGUGCAGCAGACAGCCCCCAGCUCUCUUGUACCACAGCAGGACCGUUAUGUUGUUAGCCAAGCCAUUGCUUACUACCCACAACAGCAAACUCCAGGCAACCAUGACACACAAGGGCAGCAAGUACAACCAGAGGUGCAAUACUUGCCAGCAAGGCCUCAAGCUCAAGAUGUCCAAGCUUCAUCCCAGCCUCAGUCAGCAAAUCAAAUCCAGCCCCAGUCUUACCCUCCUUACCAGCAGCAGUGGCAACAGCAACCCUCUCGUUCAACCCCUGGACCAGCGGCUCAGCCUCAGCAGACUUACUCGCAGCAGCCAUUUCCUCCACCUGUGCAGCAGCCACAGCUAUCUAACGCCCAGCAGUUCCCAGCACAACCAAUGCAGCAGUCCCAGUUGUCUAAUCCUCAACAGUUCCCUCCACCACAACUGCAACCACAGCAAUCCAACCCUCACCUUCCUCAGACAGUGCAACCACAACAUCCUCAGGUGCAAGCUCAGAUGAGACCCCAGACUCCACCAAACUACUCUCGCUAUCCACCCCAACAGCCGUUGAACCCUUCCCCUGAAACGCUGCCUGGCAGUGCGUCUAUGCAAGGACCGUACAGCACAGCUGCUCCACCAGGUGGGAGUCAUUCUGAAGCGCAAUAUUCAUACGCUGGACCUGGCAUCCCACCAUCUCAGCCACCGCCUCAGCACAGCAUGCAAAGACAGCAGCUACCUCCUCCAAAUCAGAGCUCGUACGGACCGCCUCCAAGUAAGGGGCCAUAUGCCGGCCCUCCCCAAUACGCGCCGCAGGGGCAUUCACAAGGUUACAACCCAGCAUAUGGCUACCCGCCAAGUGGCCCUUCCGCAGCCCAGUCACCACAGAUGCCUCCAGGUGGCGCUGGUAUGAGCCAUCCAGGGUCAUCGCAGCACAUGAUGCGCGGCCAUCCGUAUGGAGAGAUGAUCGAGAAGGCAAUCACCAUGGGAUAUCCAAGGGACCAGGUGCUGAAUGUGAUCCAGAGGAUGACGGAGAGCGGCCAUCAGAUAGAUUUCAAUGCAUUGCUCGACAGGCUGAACGAAUCAGGGUCUGGAGCACCCCCUCGUGCGUGGUGAUAUCGUGCAGGUUGGGUCCUGUUUCGCUGGUCGCCGUGCUCAUACGUGUGCUACGAGUGGUAUCGUGUUAUCUAAAUAAGUGAGAUCUGAUAUGAUGCCGUCCACUGCUUGUUCGUCCGUACAAUGUACAUAUAAACAUUGAGCUUUAAUUUGAUGUGCCUCCAGGCGCUUGCACGUGCACAACCAACUUGAUUUCAAACUUGACAAUUGGGAUCUAUUCUGAACCAAAUUGUUUCCCGGUA